UGGCGCGAAAAUGAGUUCGUUAUGAAAUUCAAUGUUAUUGGUUAAAAGAUUAAUCUCGUAGGCAGAAUAUGAAACUUCGUAUAAUAAAUAAUUCCUACUAAAUGUUUAAAUAAUGAAUCAACUAUUCGUAUUAUUUCGUGCUUGAAAAUGAAUGUUCUUUCAUAUUUUUGAAAACUUUAUACAAAAAUAAUUAAUAUAAAUUUCGUUGUGUUCUGAAUGAAAACUUGUGAAAUAGCCAACUUCAGUUUUUUGCACGAUUCGAAAUUUUAAUAAACACAUAAAUACAUACAUGUAAGUAUGUGGCAACGAUGAUCGAGGUUAUUUGAAUCUAGAGAAUAUUUAAAAAUUUAUAAUUUAACAAAUGUCGAAUUUUGAUUAUGAUGAGACAUCAAGAUAUUAAAAAUGACAAUGAUACCGAGACUGACACUGCUGAGGAAGAAGAGAUCACAGAAACCGAGGAAUCUUCCUCAACAGGAAAAAAUACUCCUCAUGAUCUAACAUUAUCCUUUUUAAAAUUAUCUUACAAACGACUUCCAAAAAAUUGUGUGAAGUUCUCUUUUUUGAGUCUCAAUAGUGUUACUUUUCUUGCUGGUAUAAGCGCUGUGAUCAUUUCAAUUUGGAUGUUGGCCGAUAAUAAAAUGAUGUCUAGAUUAAUUGGACAACGUAUAUACAUAACAACAUUGCUCAUAAUAGGAAUAUUCGCUUCUAUUCUAGCAAUUAUCGGCAUAUUAGGUUUUCUCAAAAGAAAACAAAAUUUCUUGAUAAUCUACAUAAUAUUCCAUGCGCUAUUCCUGUUUUUGAUCUUUGUCUGCUCCAUUUUGAGUUUUUCUUUAUUCGAUAAACUUACAAGAAGUAUUCACGAGGAUAUGGCUAAUUCAAUUGAACAUUAUCGUUAUUUGGAUUGGGUUGCGGAGGCUUGGGAUAAUACACACAGAUAUUUGAAAUGCUGUGGAAUUCGAUCUCACGAUGAUUGGGAAAGGCAUGGUAUGCUUAUACCACAGAGUUGUUGUUCAACUACUGUCGACAAAUGUUUGAACAUGACCGCUGAAGUAGUGUAUGAGUCUGGCUGUUUAAAUGGCGCCGUUGAUUUCCUCAAAUCGUCGGUCCAUACGGUUUCUAUAUCGGUCCUUUUAAUGUCACUAGCUCUAGUACGUAAUAUGUUAUCAGGAUAAUCAUUUGUUCCUUUGAUAUCCUCAUAUCUCAAAUUUUCAGUUCGCAAAUUUGUUCUUCGCUUUCGCUGCUCGCAAGAGAUUUAAGAUGUACCCUUUGAACGAGUAAUGAUUAUAUGUACAUAGUUACAUAUCAUAUUACCUAAGAUGAAUAUCUAUUAGAAUCUGUGAUUAGAAGUGAAUGACAAGUCGGUGAUGAAACGUUUUUUUCCCUUUUUAUUAUCAUAUAUAGAUCAUAUAUUUUCUGAAAACACUUAAUAUAUUGUACUUAAGAUAGUAAUAUUGUGUGUGUAAGUUAUUGGACAUGCUGGUAGGGUCAUGACAUUCCUUCCUGCCUCGGAGCAGUAUAUAUUUCGAGUUACGAAUUUUUUGUGUUUUUCUUUAUUUUUUUUUCUUUUCUUUUUUCGUUUUUCUACCGCGAUAAUCUGUUAUUUAUAUCGAAGGGGAAAAUCUGGGUGAUUCUGGAUCGGGACUGGAGAAGAAAAAAUACAUUUAUAAAAAUUAUUUAUAUAUAUAUAUAUACACAUAUAUACAUAUGUAUAUAUAUGUGUAUGUAUAUUUAUCAUUCGUUUUUGCUCUCCUAUGAUAAAGGGACGAGAAUUUGUUAGCAUAGUUAUAUCUCUUUUUUAUUUAUUUUUUUCUCUUUUCUUUUCUUUUCUUUUUACGUUUAGGGUAAGUGUUAGGGAGAAAAGGUAGGCAGUUUGAUAAAAAUGGAGCACACGGCGGUUAUCGUACACGAUCGAUCGUUCCGCGACAUCGCCCACUCAAUAGAGUAAUAACGAUACGAAAUAUUGACAUCUUUCUCGCUUUUACACUUCUCACUUUUAACUUUUCGUUCGGAAUUAUAAACGCGUUAUACAACAACGGCGAAUUUAAAUCAUCGCGAAAUGCACAACAGGGGCUUUCCGAUUAUAUUAAUUAAUUAAUUAAUUUAAUAAUUAUUUAUUUAUUUUAUCGCCGGUGUUCCAUGCGCGAGGUACGGCGUAAUCUUUUAUUUUUAUUUUUAUUUUUUUAUUUUUUUUAUUCUUUUUCCUUAGAUUCCUCUCUUCUUUUCUCUUUUAUUUUCUUUUUUUCUUUUUUUCUUUUUUACUUUUAUUUUUUCAAUUUAUAGUGAAGGACAGAGGACUUGGGCGCAGUUUCAGGCAGAUUCCAUCCAAUUACAGAUAUAUUAUAUCAUAGCAAACAUCGUGACUAUUUACAAUAAAUACAGUCGAUUAGAUUAUAUAAAUAAAAUAUAUCGUAUCGUUAGUUUAGGUUUACAGCAACACGUGACAGUAAACAAUUAGAUCAGCGGCAAAGUAGCGUUUAAUCUACCUAGGGUAGUGGUCGUA